CGCAGUUGGGCGACGUUUGCACAUCACUCGUGAUGCGAGUUACAUUUCUGGUUGCGAUUCUCUGGGCUUCACUUUUACAAGUGCCAUGCCAACAACAAUGCAGAUGCGUGGCCGACGUUUCGAUGUGCGACUAGCCAUGGUGAAUGGGUCGCUGUUGACAUGCCACUGCCUGCAGGCAGAUGGCCCGGAGCGGAUGGUCAGCUGGCAGCAUGGUGCCGACUGCUUGUGUGAACCUCUGAAGUGUGCCUAUGGAAGAGAUUGCAAGGAAGCGGCUCCACCUGUAGAACGAAAAUGGUGUCGCAGAUGUAAAGAAAAAUACAUUUUUGACAACAAAGCAAGGGAGUGCGAGAAGAUUUGGUGGCCAGGAGGCUGUGAAACUUGCAACCUCUUUAAGAGCUACAGGGAAUGCAUAUGGAGGUGUUCGCCACCAAAGCGGAACAUCAGUUGGUGGCCUUGGGGACGUUGAGCGGGCUGUGGAAUGCGAAUGCGUAGUCAACUCAUUGCAUUUUCUUAAUUUUUUUCAAUACUCUGGUCCUGUAUCCUUGUAGUGUGUUAUCCUUGUAGCUUGAAGUCUGUUGUUCUUCCAGCGUCAUUAAAACAGGUGUUUGUGUGUUA